AUCCUUGUCGGCAUUGUCGUCGCAUUGCCGAGUCAAAGCUACUAAUAUAAGCGCUUAUUACUUUGAGAAACGCGUUCUUCACAGCUCGCUCACCAUGGCCGUUCAGAGCCACAUUGUGAGGCGCGUCUCGCUGGACCACCUACCGAACGAGCUUCUGUUCCAGAUCGUGUCCUACUUUGGAGACCAAAAGGCCUUUCCGAAACGAUACCGCAUUUUAAACACGCUCUCGCAGCUCAGUCGUCGCUUCCGCACUUUUGCGCUGUUGGUUCUUGCCGAAGAAAUAUCCGUUGCUACGUGCGACCAGUUCACGGCCGUCGUUUCUUCUCUCGAAGCAAAUGGUCGUGCGGGCUAUGUCCGUCGCGUGCGCAUAGGCCAUUUGACGGAGCCGUCACCGUACAUCGACACGUUGCCGGUGCUUUGGUGCAUGCGCCGAUCUGGUAGCUUGCGCGCGCUGAGGUCCUUCUCCUGCUGGCAAGGCAUCCUUACCAAUGCACAUCUGCUGCUCCUCGAGGGAUCGCUGCACCUCACCGACCUCAGCGUCGUGCUCUAUGAAGAUGCCAUGCCCGUGGACUUCGGGCGCUGGCACCAACUGCGCACGCUGCGCGUCGAGUUCUGCGCGAAGACUGCGCCCUUCGGCUGCGCAGUCACAUUCCCCUCCUACGCCAACCUCACCACGCUCGCCGUCAGCGAUGCCGUAGGGUCGGAAUGGCUGGACGCCCAUCUUCGCCAUGCUCACUUCCCAAGCCUUCGCGUUCUGAAUCUGCAAUAUGCGACAUCGCCGCCAUGGCUCGUCUAUCAAUUCAUACACAGGCACCCGACCCUCCUUGAGGUCAACGUCGGCUUCGACCCGAACCUGGAUCACUGGCUUGCCUUCGAUCGCCUUCUGAAGCUUAUCCAUGGUACAGGGACGUGGGGACCUGAGUCGGGCACCCCAGGGUCCAUGCAUGACGAUCCUAUCUUUACCAUGCGCGGCAUUCCGGCUCUCGACCAGGAGACAUACUGUGUGUCGACUCGGUUCGCCUUCUCCCGUGUCCCGCUAUACCCCGAGGCGACGCAGUGGGACAAGCCCGAGGGCUCGCAACGACAGCGCUAUGCUGCUACGGGCCUGGCGCUUUCCAUUGUCGAUCAAUGCUUCUGGGAAGACAAUGGCACCGACGUCGUGCGGCUCCACCAGUUCCUGGCGAGGAUGCCAGGGGUCUUCCCUGAGUUAGCGGAGCUGCGCCUGGCGUACGGCACGCCGUAUAUAGAGGGCAGCUUCCAAGAGGUCAUGCAGUCCUGCGCCGCCAGCUUGACGAAUUGGACCUCCCUUCGCAAGUUCACAUUUUCGUGGGGGAUGUCAGACGACGACGAGGGCGAGGAGCCCUUCCCUGACCUGUUCAGGUGGCGUCCCGACGCUUCCGACUCGGAGGAGGAAACAUCCGACAUACUUGAUGAGGUCCAGCCUCCGAUACACGUCCAGCGGGAAUACUUCGACAGUGGCGAAUCUGGGUCGCUGGCCAUUUGGCCACGCACGGGCCAGCCGUACACCGCCCGGCAGCUGGAAACGCUCUUCCACCUGAGCGUAGGCGACGUCGAAGCCAUGCAGGAGGCGAUCCGCGCCGUAUGCGACCCCGGCAUCGACGACGACACACUCAUGGAUACGCCGGGUCUUCCGCUGAAAGCAUGGGUCGCCAGGCACGAGCCGCUCAUGUUGAAGAUGAUGCGCCAGCUUGCCGUCAGCUGUCCCACUCUGGAGACGAUCGCGUGGCACCCUGUACGCCAGGCGAUCUGGUGCUCGCCUGUGCGCUGGCUGUGGAAGGUGCACAGAGAGAAGGAGUCGCAGGCCCUGCGCAUGCUGUCGAACGAGUUCACGUAUCAAAACUGCCCUCAAGGUGAUCCUCCGGCGCUGCACAUCCUCGUGGGACAGGAGUUAACGGUAGCUGAAGAACAUCCGGCGAUGGUACAUAGGAAGUGAACUACUGGAGGACUCGGGCAUGUUUGACGUUUGUGACCAUGGGUUUGCUGAUGGCGACUAAUCUGUUUCUACUCACCGAAAUCUAACCACCUCGACAGUCAGUUAAAUUUGUUGACUACGUGCAGUGCGUAUGUAUGUCUACGUGCUGUAGCAUCAUACUUCUUUCUUUCUUGACGCGUAUCCAUAUCUUGUAAAUAUGUACCUCAGAUCUUGGAGGCAAUCAAUCUAUUUAUGUUCCUA